AUGGAGCAAACAGUCAAACAUGCCGAGAAGCACCUGGGGGAGAUCUGCACCCUGCUGGCCUCAUACACCAGAAAAACAGGCAGGCUGAGAGAUAAAGCAGACCUGCUGGUUGCUCAACUCUUUGACUUCUCCAGCACAGAGGAUCCAGAGUUUCAAAUCGGAUUAAAGAACCUGGCUGAGGAUCUUGCCAUGGUUCAGGACUACAGGCAGGCUCAGGUCGGUGACACAUAAAUACUUUACUCUCUACAUUCAGCUGUUAACCCUGUUUGUUAAUAAAGGGUCUUUUAUUUCAGGUGGAGAGACUGGAGACCAGAGUUGUUGCUCCUCUGAAAGCCUAUGGGGACAUUUUAAAAAACAAGCGAGUAAGUUUGACUCAAGAUGUCUUGAUGAGGGUUUGAAUAAAACUAACAUCAGCUCAUCACCAAGUUUGCAUUAAUUAGACCUUGUGGGAUUCUGGUUUGAUUAAGAGACCUGUCACUUGAAGAUAAUGAGUAACCAGCAGAAAGGAGCGGUGUGUCUCUGGGCGAAUUUACCACAUGCAGACAGUUAAGUUGUUUGAUUGUCAGGGGAAUACGUUGUGGGGUGGACAUGAGACACACCUGAGAUGAGACAUUCACACUGGCGGUCUCAGUGCUUUAAUUUGUGAGUUUUUACACCACUGUGAAAAUGAAGCUGUUCCAUGCUGUCGGCGCACUGCCUGAAUCUCUAAGAAGACUCAUGGAAUCAUACAGCUGACACUUUUCAGACCACAUAUUUGUCGAAGCUGCUCCCUGAGAAGUUUCAGUAACCAAUACACGUCCUAUGGUUAAAAACACUCAUAUGCAUAAAUACCCUCUGACCUUUGUUUUACAUGUAAUGUUGCCUGACUGUGUCUCUAUCAUUCAGGUAGAUCUUAAGAAGUUUAGCACAGAUCUGAAAAAGGAGCUGAAGGAGAUACAGAAACUGGAAAACAUCAGGAUGAGGAACCCUGCGGAUCGACAGAGCAUCGUAUCCUUAAAAGAAAUCGAAAACAGUUUGCAGUUUUCAAAAGCAGGCAGCACAUCUCAUGUUCCAGUGCAUAGAGGACAAAAACUUGAAAUUUCACAAGUUUUAUUAGGCUAACAUCACAAAAAAACAAACACUUAGGGAGCCUUCAUCAGAGCGUUUGUUGGACUGAAUGUACAGGUAUCCUUAUAAGGUUUCUCAAGAGCAGAGUUGAGUUUCUACAGGCUGCAAGCGUCGUCCACUUAGUCAAGCACCAAUCACUUCUCUAUCCCUUCAUUCAGCUGUGAUCGAGAAGUGAUUGGUGCUUGACUAAAUGGACACCGCUUGCAGCUGUGUAGAAACUCAACUCUGCUCUUGAGAAACCUUACACAAGAGUACCUGUACAUUCAGUCCAACAGGCGCUCUGAUGAAGGCCCUGUGCCGAAACAUGUAACUGUUUGUUUUUUUGUGAUGUAAGCCAAAUAAAACUUGUGAAAUGUUCAACUUUAUGUCCUUCGUGAACUGGAACAUGUGCUGCCUUCUUUUGGAAACCUCAAAAUGAAUUUUUACAUCGACAUAUUUGUAUAACCUUAAUGAACCACUAGAGCCCAAACAGUAGAAACUCACGGUGUUCUCCUGAUCAUCGUCCAGACCAACAUGGAUUAAUUUAAGAAUAUAAAAUCAUGAAAUUUAAAUGUUCAAGAUGCCUAAAAAUAACAAAAUUUUACUCUCAAAUUGGAAUAUUGUUUGUUAAUGGAUACUUUUUAAAAUCAUUCUUGAUAGAUUUCUGCCACAGUGGAUAAAAAAGAAAAGUAAACAUAUAGAAUAAACUUAUAAGCACUAGAAAACUUUAAAUUCAUGUACACAAUUUCACAAAGGAAAUUUUCUUAACAAUCCCGUCCAGUCUCAGGUAAUGUAAAUAACUUAAUGAUUAUUUUAUCCGUUUGUCUCAUUUUCAAUACUUUAAACUAUGGUGAACUGUACUGAGUGUUAUUGACAGGCUGAAGUUAAUGCCCAAAAGGCCUCCAACAAUGCCCAGCGGAGUGUCAAACAACUGGAGGAGACUAUCACUGACUUUCAGAGACAGAAGCUGGAGGAUAUCAAAGUGAGUGAUACACAUGCACAAGACACCAGGCAACUGAAAACCCAGAGUCGCAACGUGAAAAAUGUCUCUUAUUUUGUGGUAGACGAUUUUCAUGGACUUCAUCACCGUGGAGAUGCUUUUCCACGCUAAAGCGCUGGAGGUCUAUACACACACGUACCACAACCUGGAGGGACUGAACACUCAAAAGGAUCUGGAGGUACUUGGUGCUCAUGAUUUAACAACAGAAUCAAAUCUUAUGAGAAAGCCUGGUUGUUUUAUUUGGUGAUUUUCUGGACAAUUUGUUGUUAGUUCAGAUCAAAAUCGUGCUGAUAAAAAUGUAAUCUUUAAAACUUAAACACCUAAAUCUUUGAUUUUUAAAGGCCCCUUGAGGAUUUACUGCCGACUACCAUCACUAUAAUAAUUCAUAGUGAUGGUAGUGUCACAGUUUCAAGCUUUAUGAUCAGAUAAAAUCAAACUUACAGCUAGAAAGCCUGUUCUCUAAGCGUAACAGCUUCUCUGCAGCUCUUCAGUGGAAGGGUCAGGAUGUCUGACACUUUGGCUGGGCGCCUGGACACCCAGCUGGGCAGCUACCCUUCUCCCCUCACGAGCAGUUACUCAAGUCCUCCGCUGGCCUCCCCUAAAGGCCAGAGCUUCAGGUCAACACUGGCUUCUGCCACCAGUCAAAACCUCAGACAGCACAGCCAGUAUCCAGACACAGCCAGGAGGGUGAGCCUCAUCUAUUCGUUUCCUCAGUGAUGCCGCGGUUAGACCGUGGUCUGUUUUGAUGUUCAUCACCCAGCGAGCUUAAUGGGUCCACCUUUUUCUUUUUCAGUCUCGCAGCACUUUGCAGCGGCAGCGAGGCAUGGAGGAGGAAGAAGAACUCGAGGAGGAAGAAGAGGAUGAAGAGGAAGAAGAGGAGGAAGAAGAGGAGGAGAUGUAUGAAUCGGAGAUAGAGGAGGGUCAGAACACUAGCAGGCAGUCUUAUGCUGCUCAGUAUGCCCAGAUGCGCAGAUGGCAAAAGUAA